UCUGUGGGAGCACAAGUGGGUGUGUCCCGAAGCAGCAGCUGGACUUGUAGCUCUCAAUUUACGGUUUCCCCUCUUCCCUCAGCGCUGUCGUUGGUUUCGCCCGUGCGGACCAUAGCGACGGAGGGCGCGCCGAAGGAAGAUGGCGGUGCUGGCUCCGCCGUUACUGCCGGCGUCGUGAGCGCGGCGCUCGCUCUUCUCUCUGUCCCGCCCUCGCUCCUGCACCCGUCUCCUCCCGGCUGCUCUCAGCCUCUUCUUUCUCGCCGGGGCCGUAGAGAUCAUGUCGGACUCGGAGGAGGAGGAGAGUCCGGACCGCCAGCUCAAGCUGGUGGUGCUGGGGGACGGCACUACUGGCAAGACAUCCUUAGCUACACGUUUUGCCCAAGAAACGUUUGGAAAACAGUACAAACAAACCUUAGGACUGGACUUCUUCUUGAAAAGGAUAUUAUUGCCAGGAAAUUUGAAUGUUACUCUUCAAGUGUGGGAUGUAGGGGGACAAACAAUAGGAGGCAAAAUGCUGGAUAAAUAUAUUUAUGGAGCUCAGGGUAUUCUCUUGGUUUAUGAUAUUACCAACGGCCAGAGUUUUGAAAAUUUGGAAGAUUGGUAUAAUGUGGUAAAAAAAGUGAAUGAAGGAUCAGAAACACAGCCACUUGUGGCCUUGGUUGGAAAUAAAAUUGACUUGGAGCAUAUUCGCACAGUGAAAGCCGACAAGCACCAGCGAUUUUGUCAGGAAAACAACUUCAGUAGCCAUUUUGUGUCAGCCAAGACAGGAGAUUCUGUCUUCCUGUGUUUUCAGAGAAUUGCUGCUGACAUACUCGGCAUCAAAUUAAACAAAGCAGAAUUGGAACAAUCACAGAGAGUGGUGAAAGCAGAUAUUGUCAACUACAGUCAGGAGCCUGUGACCAGAACCAUUAAUCCUUCCAGAAGCUCAAUGUGUGCAGUUCAGUGACCACGCUGUUCUCUGGCCUGAUACCUUUGCAGUCCUCCUGCCUUGACACAGGCUCUGGGAUACCAGGAACUUUGUUUUAACAGGGACCAGCACAACAUUGCCAUUAGAGGUUUCAGAAACACAUUGCACCAUUGUCCAUUAAGAAGCAAAAGGCAGUUUUUGACUGGCUCAAAUUCAAACAUGAGACCACACACUUGAAAAAUUUCAGUCUAUAUUCUUUAAAAUUAUAUUUAAAAGAAACUGUAUAACUGUGUUUAUGUUUCCUCCUCUCUAUUUGACUGAUACCAGAAUAAAAAUGGAUGAGGAAGCCCUGCAUUCAAAAUGCUUUUAAAGACAUCACCAUGGAAGGGUGUUUUGCCAAUGCAUUUUAAUUUUUUUUUAUCCAGUUAUUUGAACUAACACUCAGCAAAAUGUUACUUGGAAAAAGCUGUUGUUGUAAUAAUUUUAAACACAUAAUAUAUAUUUUAUCUAGAGAUAAUUUUGAAAAUGUUCCAUUAAUAUAUAUAUAUACUUAGCAAAAAAUGUAAGUUGUAUCCAGUGAGAAACAGUGCUUAAAAUAAAGCUGUUAUUAUAAAAAUA